AUGUGGUUGCAGACCCAGACUUGGAACAUGCAGGUAUAUGACAAAACGGAGGAUGCAAACAUGUUGGUAUUUGUUACACCACAUCAAUUCAUAGAGGGUAUAUGUAAGAGACUUGUUGGAAAGAUUAAAGGAGAUGUCGAAGCAAUUUCCCUUAUUAAGGGCAUGGAAGUGAAAACGGGAGGACCAUGUAUGAUCUCUAGUCUUAUCAAUAAACAACUGGGUGUUAAUUGUUGUGUUCUCAUGGGUGCUAACAUUGGAGAUGAGAUUGCUAUGGAGAAAUUUAGUGAAGCAACAAUUGGAUACAGAGAAGAUAAAGAGGUUGCACAAAGAUGGGUUCAAAUUUUCGGGACUCCUUAUUUUCGAGUAUCAGCUGUGAGUUGUAUAGAAGGUGUGGAACUAUGUGGGACAUUGAAAAAUGUUGUGGCCAUUGCAGCAGGUUUUGUCGACGGCUUGGAGAUGGGAAAUAACGCUAAGGCAGCAAUAAUGAGAAUUGGUUUGAAUGAGAUGAAAGCAUUCUCAAAAUUGAUGUUCCCAUCUGUAUGCGACAACACAUUUCUGGAGAGCUGCGGGAUAGCUGAUCUCAUCAUUACAUGUUUGGGAGGUAGUAACAGGAAAGUGGCAGAUGCUUUUGCAAGGAGUGGUGGAAAGAGGUCUUUCCACGAGCUCGAAACAGAGCUGUUGCAAGGGCAGAAGCUACAGGGAGUAAAAACAACAGGAGAAGUCUAUGAGGUUUUGUGCCAACGUGAAUGGCAACAGUCUUUCCCGCUAUUCCAGACAGUUCAUGUGAUCUGCACUGGUCAUCUUCCUCCUUCAGCAAUAACUCAACAGAGACUAUAUGAAAAUUGACCAUAUUGGCAAAGAUUGUGUUUCAAUGUUCAUAUGAAAUAAGAAAUGGAAAGCAUAAAAGGCCAUGAUACAAUCUCCGAUCGAAAUGCUAUGGGUAGUUGGUAAUGUGCCUAUAAAUGCUUCAAGAUUGAGGUAUCUCAAAAUUUUACGCAAAUAUGGCAACAGAGAAAAGAUCGUCAACAACAAAUUUUGCACCACAAAUGGAAUCGUGUUAACUCUGAUUGUGCGUUCUUGUGAAACGUAUUGAUGAAUGAAACUAUCAAGUACUUGUAACUCAAAUAUAGAUGCGGGACAGUAACAGCUACC